AUGGCCAUGCCCUGCAAGGCGCUCGCCCUCUGCCUCCUGGCGCUCCUGGCGCUCUCGUCCGCUUGCUACAUCCAGAACUGCCCCAUCGGGGGCAAGCGUGCUGCGCUGGACAUGGACAUCCGGAAGUGCAUGCCCUGCGGUCCCAGGAACAAGGGCCACUGCUUUGGUCCCAACAUCUGCUGUGGGGAGGAGCUGGGCUGCUACCUCGGCACCUCCGAAACGCUGCGCUGCCAGGAAGAGAAUUUCCUGCCGACCCCCUGCGAGUCCGGCCGGAAGGCGUGCGGCAGCAGUGGAGGGAGGUGCGCAGCCCCCGGCAUCUGCUCCUGUGCAGAGGGCUGCGUGGUUGACUCAUCUUGCGAGCAAGAAGUGAUGUUUCCAUAG